CAUGUAGAAUUGUUUGUGUGUAGUUCUGUUUGGUCACUGCGCGAGGUUUGAAAUGUACAGUAAUCAGCUCCGCAUUCACAAUAAUAAAUAAUUGCUGUUAUUCUGCUUUAUCCUAUGAUUGACUCUAUGCUUGAUUUCCAAUACUACUGGGCACUAUUAGCAUUUAAUUACCGGUAGUUUAUUCGUAUGAGUAGAUUAAUAUAUGGUCAGUAUGAUCGAAUUUAAAAUAAAGAACACUACAAAAGGUAAUAAUAAAAUUGAAUAUGACGGGUUUUCAUACAGGAAAGAUCGUCUUCUAGUCUCAGGUGAUCUGUCUUGGAGAUGUAUAAACAAAGACUGUAAAGCUACCAUGAAAACAGAUAAGCAAAUAACAAAAAUUUUGAAGGUAGGAUCACAUCAUCACAGCCAUCCAUCGUCAAUAAUUAUUCCCAAAUCCGAUGCUUUUUCUACCCCCAAUAGAGAUCAAAAUAUAAAUAACAUAUCUAAUAUUGAUGGUAGCUUAAAUUACUCUCACGGUUCUCCAGCUUCCGUUGAGUUUCUUAAUAUGGAAGAUGGUGAGGAGAUUGCUGAGCUUCGGCGUGAAAAUGAUUCUUUGAGGGAGCAACUGACACGCUCAAGAGCCGAGUGGCAGGCAGCAGUCGACCGCUCCAUCCAAAAUGAUUUGCUGAUAAAGAGUAUGACUGAAAAAAAUGUAGCUGACAAGGCGUCUCAAACUGAAUAUGACCCAAUUAAUACCUAUGUAGUCAACAAUAGUUCAGCUAACAAUUCUCUUGGCAACGAUCCCCUUUUGCCUCGGCGUCGCAACGCUUCUUCUGGUGCUGCUCGUGGAAAGUCGGAUGUGCAGAACUACUCCCCUGUCGCUCAGAGUCAGGUGUCCACAUUAAUUGAUAGAUUGAGUGCCUUUCAGAUCAAAAUUGAGAAGGAAGAAGAUGCAACUAGAGUGUGUGUAAUUGCAUCUUAUAAUGUCAAAGAUGAGUCAUCGGAUUCAACAUCCAAUCAGAUGGCGGCAGUUAAGCAGGAGAAUGAUAGCAGCCAAGAACCAGCGCCAGGGUGCAGCACUGCAGACUCUCCAACCGAUGAUGGUUCCAGCCAACAAUAUUUGAUCCCUGGCUACAAUCUCAUAUUCAUCAAAGAGGAUGCAUGUGUUGAGCAAGAGGCAGAAGGAAGUUCAGUGAAGAGUGAAACGGAGAUGUGGCCUCCAAACUGCAUCACAUCAGGAACUGCCAAUGCAACAGAAGUGGGUGGACUGAAGGCACAUUCAAUCUCUCUAGUGGAAAAGUGUACUGAGACAUCUGUGGCUGGCAAAAAGACCAAGCUCUACAGUUGUGCUGACUGCAGCUAUGAAACGCACCGUUCCCAUGAUUUGAAUAAACACAUAAGAAAACACACUGGUGGAAAGCCUUUCAGUUGUGAGAUUUGUGACUAUAAAUGUGCUCAUUCAAGUUGCUUGAAAAGACAUCUCAGAACACAUACAGGGGAAACACCUUUCAGCUGCAACUUUUGUGACUAUAAAUGUGCUCAAUCAAGUAGUUUAAAACGACAUCUCAGAACACAUACAGGAGAAACACCUUUCAUUUGCGAAUUCUGUCACUAUAAAUGUGCUCAAUCAAAUAGUUUGAAAAUACAUCUCAGAACACAUACAGGAGAAACACCUUUCAGUUGCAACUUUUGUGACUAUAAAUGUGCUCGUCCAGAUAGUUUGAAAAUACAUCUCAGAACUCAUACAGGAGAAACACCUUUCAUUUGCGAAUUUUGUGACUAUAAAUGUAAUAAAUCAAGUAGUUUGAAAAUACAUCUCAGAAAACAUACAGGAGAAACACCUUUCAGCUGCACUUUUUGUGACUAUAAAUGUGCUCGUUCAAGUAGUUUGAAAAUACAUCUCAUAACACAUACAGGAGAAACACCUUUCAUUUGCGAAUUUUGUGACUAUAAAUGUACUCAAUCAAGUACUUUGAAAAUCCAUCUCAGAACACAUACAGGAGAAACACCUUUCAGCUGCAACUCUUGUGACUAUAAAUGUGCUCGUUCAAGUUCCUUAAAAAGACAUCUCAAAACACAUACAGGAGAAAAACCUUUCAGCUGCAACUUUUGUGACUAUAAAUGUUUUGACUCAAGUUCCUUAAAAAGACAUCUCAGAACACAUACAGGGGAAACACCUUUUAGUUGCAACUUUUGCGACUAUAAAUGUGCUCGUUCAAGUAGUUUAAAACGUCAUCUCAGAACUCAUACUGGGGAAACAUCUUUUAGCUGCAACUUUUGUGACUUUAAAUGUGGUGACUCAAGUUCCUUAAAAAGACAUCUCAGAAAACAUACAUGAGAAACAAUUUCCAGCUGAGAAUUUUGUAAUUCACAUUUACUCAUUCAAAUUCAUUAAAUUUGUAGUAGGUCAACUCUUUAGUUGAUUAUAUUCACUAAACACUAAUUAGCAUCUCAUAUUUGAUUAAUAGUUUCAAGUAAUAUUUUGCUCCGCCAUCAACUCAUCUCCAUGUAACUUGAUCCUCUGCUUCUCCUUGGCUACUCCAGACUACAUACAGAAUGGAAAGUCAGCUAUUCAAGGUUCACGUUACAAGUAUGGCAGUUUUUGAUUAGCAAUGGUACUGCUAUCAUUGUCUAUCAUUCAACAAAGCAGAAAGUUCUAUUUUUUUCUCGCUCUGCUCUGUUGCCAGAUCGUCUUUGUAGAAUUAAUUAUUAAUUAACAAAGUAUUUUAUCAUAAUAUUAUGAAAAAUCAUUAUGAAAUUAUUGUAAAAUAUAAUUUCUUGCUUGAUAGAAUAUAAUUGAUUACUGUAUUUUUAAUAUUACAUCGAUAAAUCUGCAUCAGCUACCGUCUAUUGAAGGCAUUGACAAGACAGAGGAUCGGCAACGCUCUUCUCCACUGCCAUCAUAACGGGGACCCCACUACAGUAUCUUGACGCCAAAAACCCCAUCUUGAAAUAAAGUCUAGAAUUGUAAUAGUAGCGGUAAUUUUAAUUUCUAAAAAGAUGGCACUGUCUCAUGACGUGGUCUUAGUGCACCCAAGUCUUGGCGUCAUGUAAAUGCAUUGGUUGGAUUGAUACUUUCCAUUCUUCAUGUAUUCUGUGCCUAGGUAUCCUCAAAUGUGCAGUUACCUUGAUAUCAUUAAUUUAAUGUGGCUUGAAUACUGCAAUUGGGAUUUAUCAUUGAGACUUGUUUGAUUUUUAGAUGAGAUUGAGAGUACUACUACAGUAAAGAUUUAUUACAGGAUUAAUUUAAGUUACACAAUGCUUCCAUCGAUUCGUUUGAUAGGGUCGCCACUACAGCUAUUUAUGUUAUAUAUCUUCAAUAAUUUCCUUAUUGAGAGAUUCUUGAGCACAGUCUAUCUGUAUUCUGUAUACAGAAGGUCUUCUGUAUUUUUUCAUCCUAUUCAUUUGUGAAUCCUACUUUAUUUAUCUAGAAGUGAACUUUAUCCGAGUACUGCUCUAUGCAAUAGAGACAAAUUUUCUUGUGAUUUGAAAUUAUUAGUUUUCAUAAAUGUGUGGAUAAUUUAUUGUGAGAUUUUUAAAGAAAUUUAUGAUAAUUUUGGACAUAACAGAAAAUAGAUAUAAACUGAAUAUGAAUUUGUAAUAUUGCUAAUAUUCUUAUUCACCCAGCCUCGCAGUGAACUGUAUCAAUUAAGUGAUUUAGUCAUUUGAUGAAUAUUUUAAUGUAGAAAUUUGUUCUCACCGAAACCGCUCGUCAUAUUCUGCUUAUCUAGUCUCUUAGAAUUGAGAAUAAAAUUAGAAUUGGGAUAUUAAAUUUGAAUACAUAGUCUCUUAGAAUAUUUCCAAACAUUUCGUAGGCCUAUUCAUAUUUUCUAUUCGAAUCAAUGGGAUAUUGAAUUUUAAUUGCAAGUUCCAAUUUUAGUUAGUAAGGAACAAUUAUUAAUAAUUCUUUUCAAACAUAAGAUGAAGAUGAUUGCUAAAUUUAGUACCUAAUUAUAUUUAUAGAAAAAGCGUUUUAAAAAGCAGUUUACAACUUUAAUCAUUUAUAACAUUAUUUCAAAAUAGAUAUAGAGCUGUAUUUGGUUUUGUAGCAAAAGCAAAAAACUCAAGAAUAGUUAGAUAUUGCAAAAUCCUGUAAUAACAAACGAUAUCUGUAGUUGCGUUAAAAAUUGAUGCCUCCACUGGACCCAAAAGUGCUAAAACAGCCAUCAUUACCCAAGAUAAGAAAAUUUCAGGGAUAAUUUAUUUGGAUAUAU